CCGAGCCGCCACCGCAAUUGUUACAAGUCCGCGGGUAGAGCGAUCCUCGGCGCUCGUACGUUGUCUCUCCUCUCCAGGCACACUGGCAUGCCACGACUCGACGCUCACGCACAGCCAUUGGCAGGGCUCGCUUCGUUGAGCGACAGACCGUCCGAUAGAUCUUUGGAAAACAGAGACAAGUAGUAACGGUCGUGCUCUGGUCGGACGCAAGCGGCACCCCGUACACCCGCACCGACGAAACCGAGAGUACAGCCCAGAGAUAGAGAGAGGGAGAGCAGUUCGUACACAUAAUACGCGUCUCUCGCGCGGGUUGUCAUCAUCGGUGAGCCCUCGUUCUCUCGGGUUUUGCGAUUCUUAUACACGUUGAAGCUCGAUCGAUUUGCGUCGACGGACGCGCGCCUGCCCUUCUCUCUCUCUCUCUCUCUCUCUCCUCUCCUUUAUCCACCCUCCCCCUCCCCCCUUGUCCCUCGUUCAUUUCUCUCGUCGCUCUCCGCCUGGGAGAGGAUAGUUUACACGCAAGUUUGCGGGGUCGAGGGUUUCGCGAGUGCCGCGCGACAUGGAUGAGUGCGACUGUUUAAUUCGGUGAGCCAGCGCGAUUGGUGAAAAGUAUCCGUGGACCCGCAGGAUGGGAGCGACGUCGAGGCUGGCCGGUGGAGCUGCUCGUCCGGCUGUGUCGACGACAGCAGCAGCAGCAGCAGCAGCAGCAGCCCCGGGCCCGAGUGACAGACCGGGGAUGAUAAUAUAAAUACAACACAACCGUGUGGUAUAUAUAGCGAUAAUGCCAGCGUCGGCGGCUUCGGCUCCGGGAGCUGAAACGGCAGCUGUCGGCACGAGGCUAGCGUCGUUACGGCCGAGUGGCAUCUCCUUUGUUGUCACCUGCGUCGGCUGGGCGUGCACGAAGGUGCGCUGAAAGGAGGCGGAGAGCCGGGGCCACGAGGUAGAGAUGAAGAGCGCCUGAUCCCGUCUUGUCCUCCCGUUUGUCGUUGUUGUUGGUAGCAACGACCAAAGAGAGGGGGCCCGCUCGCUCCGCGACUGUUGCUGCUCCCUCGGGGCGGGGGAGGGCCGAAACAGAGGCAGCCGCGCGGCGGCAAAGGUCGUUCUUCCUGAGCCAGAGCAGGGUAGAACAUGAAAGGAGGCUGGACCCUCAUGGCGGCUAUCGCCCUGGCUGCGUCGGGACUGGUAAGUGGCGGUCCUCACGAGAAGAGAUUGCUAAACGACCUGCUGGAUUCGUACAACGUGCUGGAGCGCCCGGUCCAAAACGAGUCCGAGUCCCUGCGGCUGAGCUUCGGCCUUACGCUUAUGCAAAUUAUUGACGUUGAUGAAAAGAAUCAGCUACUCAUCACGAAUCUUUGGCUGAAACUGGAAUGGAACGACGUUAACAUGAUGUGGGACCCAUCGAAGUACGGCAACGUUCGGGACUUGAGGAUACCACCCCACCGGCUCUGGAAGCCCGACGUCCUCAUGUACAAUAGUGCGGACGAGGGCUUCGACGGCACCUACCCGACCAACGUCGUGGUCAAGGAGAACGGCACGUGCCUUUACGUGCCACCUGGUAUCUUCAAGAGCACCUGCAAGAUCGACAUCACUUGGUUUCCGUUCGACGAUCAGCGCUGCGAGAUGAAGUUCGGCUCCUGGACCUACGACGGCUUUCAGUUGGAUCUUCAGCUGCAGGACGAGGCAGGAGGCGACGUCAGCAGCUUCAUUACGAACGGCGAGUGGGAUCUUUUAGGUGUGCCGGGAAAGAGGAACGAAAUUUAUUACAAUUGCUGCCCGGAGCCUUACAUCGACAUCACAUUCGUCGUCAUAAUAAGAAGACGUACGCUCUACUACUUUUUCAAUCUCAUCGUGCCGUGCGUGUUGAUCGCUAGCAUGGCAGUUCUGGGCUUUACUCUGCCACCGGAUUCCGGCGAAAAGCUCUCUCUAGGAGUGACGAUCCUACUGUCCCUCACGGUGUUCCUCAAUAUGGUGGCAGAAACGAUGCCUGCGACCUCCGAUGCCGUACCGCUUUUAGGGACGUACUUCAAUUGUAUAAUGUUCAUGGUGGCCAGUAGUGUGGUCAGCACAAUUCUUAUAUUGAAUUAUCACCACCGCAACUCCGACACCCACGUGAUGUCAGAAUGGGUGAGAGUCGUCUUCCUGGAUUGGCUGCCUUGUAUACUACGAAUGUCAAGGCCAGUUCCGGAAGAUGACGAUGACGUUACGCAAAAGUCUCAAAAACCUUCCCCAGUGACUGGAACGAGCAAGGCGUACGGCGACCUGGAGCUGCAUCAGCGCUCGAGCAAGUCCCUGUUGGCCAACGUCCUCGACCUGGAGGACAACGCGCUCGCGUCGCACAACAACUUGCUGAACAACGUGUACAGCACGCCGGGGCCCCACCACCACGGCCACGUGCACGUGACCCCCCAUCACCACCAUCACCCACACACGGCAACGACGACGCCUCACCACCAGCACUACCCGGUGCCGCCACCCCCCGUGGGCCACCAGCUCGGCCACACGCCUCACCACCACGCCCAUCCGGCCGAGCCGGCGACCGGGCCCCAGGUCGAGACGAUCUUGCAGAGCGCCUGCUUCUGCGCGCGCUACGAGCUCAUUCUCAUCCUCAAGGAGAUCAAGGUAAUCACGGACGAAUUGAAAAACAACGAGGAACAAACGAAGAUUACCAAUGAUUGGAAAUUCGCUGCGAUGGUGAUUGACAGAUUGUGCCUAAUCGUUUUUACUCUGUUCACGAUAAUUGCCACCAUCACCGUCCUAUUCUCGGCGCCGCACAUCAUCGUCACGUGAUUUUCGAGCCUCCCGCGAGGAAAGACAAGACGCCGAAGACGUAGACGCUGCAGAAAGUGUAUCGGUGCUACCGCAAUCGUCGACGUCGCCGUUGCCGAGGCUCCGAUCUGCCGAGAAGUGCACCUUCGUUGCCGACACCGCCGCCACCGCCGCUGUUGUUGUUGUUGUUGUUGCUACUAUUACUACUAUUACUACUACUACUACGGUUCAACUACUCGUAGGGGAGCCAAACUAAUGUCGCUUUUCGUUGAUCAUAUUUAUAAUAAUUAUAAUAAUAAUCAUAAUACUAACAAUUAUACCAGUAAUGAUGAACCACAAUCGAUUAUUGUUGUCGUUGCUUUUGGAUUUUCAAAGCUGCUCGCGUUACAGCCGCGAGUCGUGUUUUAAAAUUUCGCUAAACAGGACAAAAGCACAGAGUCGAGGAUCAAUCGAAAAAAUUAAGUGAACAAAAUCGUGAAAAUCGUAAAAAUAAAUUUCAAAAAAAAAAAAAAAAAA